AAUGGCUGCCGCUUGCAAACAGUUGUGGGCAAUGUAGUUGUUUGCGGGAAGGUUAUGUAUGUAUGUUGGUUGGUUUGUACCACAAAGGCUGCUCCGUGGCUCAAGGGAUCCGGAACAAAUUUGGCACAGAGACAUUUCACGAUCUAACUUAAAAUAAUUGAUAGGCAUGAAGUAAAAGAACCGUUAGCCAUCCAACCUUUGUUGCAAUAAUGAUGAUGAUGAUGAUGAUGAUGAUGAUGAUGAUGAAGAAGAAGAAGAACAACAACAACAACAACAUGCCCUGGCAGAAUCUGUAAAGCAAAGUGAAGAACCUGCUUUGAUUGAAGUCAAAAAUCAGAAACUCCUCAAAGCACAACAAACAAAAAACCAGUACAAGAAAAUCACACUACAAACUAGAGCUGAUAGAUGGCACAACAAAACAUUGCAUGGAAAGUUCCUUGAAAAUUGAAGGAAAAGCUGAUAAGGAGAAGACCUGGCUCUGGCUCACGAAUGGGACCCUGAAGAAGGAGACAGAAGGCCUGAUCCUUGCAGCCCAGGAGCAAGACAUCAGAACAAAGGCAAUUCAGGCCAAGAUCGAAAAAUCAGCUGAUGACCCAAAAUGCAGACUGUGCAAGGAAACCGACGAAACCAUUGAUCAUAUCCUCAGCUGCUGCAAGAAAAUCACACAGACAGACUACAAACAGAGGCACAACUAUGUGGCCCAAAUGAUUCAUUGGAACUUAUGCCUCAAGUACCACCUCCCAGCAGCAAAGAACUGGUGGGAUCACAAACCUGCAAAAGUAUUGGAGAAUGAACACGCAAAGAUACUGUGGGACUUCCGAAUCCAGACUGACAAAGUUCUGGAACACAACACACCAGACAUCACAGUUGUGGAAAAGAAAAAGGUUUGGAUCAUUGAUGUUGCCAUCCCAGGUGACAGUCGCAUUGACGAAAAACAACAGGAAAAACUCAGCCGCUCUCAGGACCUCAAGAUUGAACUUCAAAGACUCUGGCAGAAACCAGUGCAGGUGGUCCCGGUGGUGAUGGGCACAUUGGGUGCCGUGCCAAAAGAUCUCAGCCAGCAUUUGGAAACAAUAGACAAAAUUACGAUCUGUCCUGGCCCUUGAGCGCUCUAACUGGAGAUCUUUAAUCCCGGAAACCUGAUGGAUGGACCAUGUUUUCUCCUGACAACGCUGCGCAAAAGCAGGGAAAUGUCUGUAGCAACCGAGGCUCCUAGGAAAUAUGAUUCGAGGCAUCAAGGACGAGAUGAAAGGAGGA